UUCACUGUGGAGCAGUCUGAGGAGACUGGCAGCAAAGCCUGCCAGUCUCAGAUCGGGGCACAGCGUGAUGUCGCGUUACGUUACUACGUCACCGUAAACAGGAAGUGAGCCGCAACACCGUCGUGCAGGUUGUGAUGUCGCUGCACUCACAGACACAACCCGCCGUGUUCUGACGCCGGUAAGCUGAUCAAUACGUGUCGGUUAGCAUUGACGUCACACUCUGAUCGGUAACGCGUGUGACGUCACGCUGGAUCACCCCUGUAGGUCUUUUUUAACGUACCUGAAGUUCCCUCCAGGCACCGCACCGUGUGUAUUGAGUGUAACCAGACUGACGUCACGAGUGAAGGGUGUCUGUAGCUCACGUGGUCUAGAUCCAGGUGGUGGUUGCCGUGCAGAAUGAGUCCAACGCAUCCCGAUGCAUCUCCUGCAGGGACACUAACGGCUGUCUCCUGUGUUGCAGCUCACCUGAGAUGCUUCUCCGGACGCUGUGGUCCAGACUGGGAGCCCUGGGGCCAUCAGGGAGGAAACCAGUCUGCAUCUGUGCCUCGGCCCGUCUGUCCCAGUGCGUCCAACCGCGCCAGUGUGAACCCAAACCCAGGACUCAGUCAAACUGGGGGGCCCCAGGGAUCUCUGCAAGGGCCUCUGGUCUACACACUGCUCACCCACAGAGUAAAUGUGGAGGCGGACAGACGCGGUUUUAUUCCCCCGACCUGGUGAAGCCCGUCUUGAAACCGAGUUUAAAACCAGCAGCAGUGUCCGUGAAAAGGGUUCCCAAAGGACCGAGAACCAAGCAGCCUUCCAGAGCCAACCAGCCUUCCCUGAACGUGGACCAGGAUAUGAUGCAAUGCAUUGCCUUUGCGACAGCAGAUCAGUAUCAUUUGCCGACACUUUGCCACGCCUUGAUUGGCCACGGCUUCCAAGAGAUAGAUUUGCCAAGAGAUGCCUCAAAUGUGCUGUUGAUAAGCACGGACAUGGCUGCUAAACCCGAUGACGAUGCGGUAAUGUUCUUCUUCAGGGAAGGCUCAGUCGUUUUCUGGAAUGUUGAAGAGAAAAUGAUGAAAAAGGUGUUGAGAAUAUUGGAACAGCAUGAGAUUCAACCCUAUGAAGUAGCAUUGGUCCACUGGGAAAAUGAGGAGAUUAAUUACACUGUUGGAGAGUACGCUGAUACUCACACACUCAUCACAAAUACAAUGGGAAACACAAAGCUCGAGCGUGGCAACUUUAUCCUGAGUGAUAAGAUGGAUCCACAUGAAGCUGCUCUGGAGAAAUUUGCAUUUUCAAACGCACUGUGCUUGUCAGUGAAGCUGGCGAUAUGGGAGGUGUUUCUAGACAGCUUUGUGGAGUCAAUUCAAUCCAUUCCAGAGACGCUGAAAUCUGGCAAAAGAGUUAAAUUGUCCUCUGCAGAGGUUAUGAAGAAGAUAGGGGAACUUUUCAGCUUACGACACUGUAUAAACCUGAGGUCCGACCUGCUCAUCACACCUGAUUUCUACUGGGACCGAGAACACCUGGAGAAGCUCUACGACAAGACGUGCCAGUUCCUCAGCAUCAACCGGCGAGUCAACGUCGUCAAUGAGAAGCUGGAACAUUGUUCUCAGUUAACGGAUUUGAUGAGGAGCCACCUGAGUGAGAAGCACAGCUUGAGGUUGGAGUGGAUGAUAAUCAUCCUCAUUGCUAUUGAGGUUAUGUUUGAACUUGCAAAAAUGAUCUUCUGAGCGACUCCUGCGAACAAUGCACACCUGUGAAGGACAUGCUGCACCACGUAAAGGUACCGCGUCACGUUGCCUGGAGGGAACUGCAGGCGUGAAUAUUAUGUUUAUUGCGUCACUUUUUCCUGUUCGUCAACAACCAAAAUUUGUGGAAUGUUUGUGUGUCAACAACAUUCAUUCCAUUUUUACAUUCUCUUCAUUCACUUAAAUAUGAAAUAUGCAUGUUUUUAAGGGAGAGACUCACUUCAACAUGUGAUAUUAUUUUUGUGUCUGAAACAUUACUUGUAGAUAAAUAAAAAAAACAAGAUAAUUUAUUAAAAGUUAUGAAGUUCAAGAACUCCAACUGUGAGUGCUGUGUUAUAAAAGAUGCAAUAAAGUGUUUUUAAAUGUU